AGGCUGGACAGUGCGCACAAGCUGUUGCUAAUUGCCUGAUUAUGUGUCGACUGCAGUUUUCUUUCAGAGAGGCGUCUCAGCCGUCCUUUAAUUUACAGCUAAAGCGUAGCUAGCAAACUGCUAAUUUAGCCAAGCUAGCUCGUAAGCUCAGUUAAGGAAGUGAAGGAAACGCUAACUUAAGUAAACUCUCCAGCCAACGACUUGGAUUCAAACGAAGGGAUAUCUACUAGCGAAGACUAAUUUUACCAUCGGCCCUGAAUGCUGCAGAUCUCAGCAUGGAGUCCAGUGGGAAACCCUCAGCAGCACAGAUUGUGGUUUUAGCCACCAGCUCGGCUCUGACUGCUUUCUUCUAUUCCAUUUACAGGAACAGAGUUACAAUAGUUGCUAGAUUAAAGGAAGCAAAGAAAGUCUCCCUUGACCAGGAUUUGAAAGCCAUCCUGUCUGAAACUCCUGGAAGAUGUAUCCCAUAUGCCAUCAUAGAAGGUGUGGUGAGAUCUGUGAAGGAAACGCUGAACAGCCAGUUUGUUGAUAACUGCAAAGGCGUCAUUGAGAGGCUGACGCUGAAGGAGGAGAAGAUGGUGUGGAACCGCACAACUCACUUAUGGAACAGCACAGAGAAAAUCAUCCAUCAGCGCAUUAAUACAGUUCCAUUUGCCCUUGGGUCACAUGAUGAAGAUAUCACUACCACAGUCCGAGUCAUACGUCCAUUAGAUGCUGCGGAGUUAGAUCUGGAGACCACUUAUGAGAACUUCCACCCGACAGUCCAAUCCUUGUCCAGUGUUAUCGGUCACUUCAUCAGCGGGGAGCGACCGAAGGGUAUCCACGAAACCGAGGAGAUGCUGCGUGUGGGAGACAGCGUCACAGGGGUCGGAGAACUAGUCCUGGAUAACAACCUGAUCAAGCUCCAGCCUCCCAAACAGGGCUUCUGUUAUUUCCUCACUCGGCUGGAUCACGAGUCUCUCCUGAGGAAGCAGGGAAACAGCGUCAGACUGUGGAGGAUUCUGGCGGUUGUGUUCGGCAUGGCUGCCUGCUCCACGCUCAUCUACAUCCUGUGGAAGCAGUACAUGCACCGCAAACAGAGCAAGAAGGAGAGGAGCAUGCUCAAGGAGUUCAAGGAACAGCAGAGGAAGCGUUUGCGUGAACUUAAUAUAGAGGAGGGCAGCGUGUCCCCCACCAGCUGCACUGUCUGCCUGAGCCGGGAUCGCUCAUGUGUGUUUCUAGAGUGUGGUCAUGUGUGUGCCUGCUGCCAGUGCUACGAGGCCCUGCCAGAGCCGAAGAAAUGUCCCAUCUGCAGGGCACCUAUUGACAGGGUGGUGCCUCUUUACAACAGUUAAUGUGUCAAAGUCCUUAGCUUUUUGCAGUCAUUUGUCUUUCAAAAACUCAGUCUUAAAACUGACACUUGUUUCUGCUUUUACUGUGGCAAAUCUAUGUGCUGAAUAAGAAUGUGUCUACAGCUCCAAUCAAAUCUUCAAAUCAAAACGGAAAACCAGAAUUCAUCUUGACUGAGAAAGUGAAUUUCCCUCUGUCAUGUUCACAGAGAAAAGUAGCUCUUUUUGUGCUCGGACUCUAACAGAUCUUGGCCCUGCUUCCUCAUAAUCGAUCUAAGAGGUUAAAAGCAUUUUCUUGGGUGUGGAAAAAAGAAAAAUGCAGUUUAUCAGUUAAAAAGCUUGAAUGUUAUAGAAAUAUUUGUAAUUGUUUAGUGAGAAAACACCGCUUAAAGUGCAGUUGUCAACAGCUUUUGUUGCCAAAUUACACCAACACCCUUAGGAAGUUCCUUAAGAUUAAGUCACAACACUUAUAUAUACAAUAUGUAUUUGAGCACUUAUUAUGAAUAUCUUUGUCAUUCUUACAGGCACACCAUGACAGAAAAAUUUUAUUUCAGUCAGAAAAGUCAAAAAUGGUCCAUCACUGGUUACAGUUUGAUUUUGUUUCAGUUACUUUGUUAUUGACCUUGUACGAAAAUUACAAAUCUCAUACAAAGAGAGAAGAGGCAUUGUGCAAAAUGUAGCUGCUUUCUCUUGUCCCUGAAAGGUAGUCACAAGACAUAAAUAAAAAUUAGCAUAAGCAAUAAAAACUGCAGUUAAACCUCCUCUCAGACCCAUCUGCAGCUCUUUAGAGCCAGAGCAGAAGGCACUCUUUAAUGUGUGGGUAUCUCUACAAAUGGGUUAAGUUAUUUUGCAUUUGGGAAAAAUAGUUUUAAAAGGAUAAAGAGAUUGAUAAUACAAUGAUAUUGGCCUUAAGCUGCUUUUGGGAAACGGGGUCCGCUUUGUUUAUCUUAGUUUGUUUCCCUGCUGGCUGGCUUUUUUUUUUUUUUUUUUUUUAAUGUAUUUAUUCUUUUGCUCUAUUAAAGUAGCUUUACAUGAAUCAGUGCUCAGAAUGUUUUUUGUUUCUUUUUCUUUUUUUUUAAACUUGUGCUGGGC